CCAAUGUUAAUUUUCGAAGGUUUUAUACACCGUUGUAAUUUGCAUGUCGUGGUUAAUCAGUUGGUUUUUAUUAAAACAAACAAACGAGAAAACUAUUGCUGCAAGUUUAUGGACAUUUGCUUUUAUUCUGAAAAGGAAAUACGACUGGAAGUCGAUUUGUUUUUGUUGACGGACGACAAGAUAGCGGUCCCAGAUGAGGACAAAAUCAUUUAACCCCCAAAGAAACUAAAAUACAAAUAUUCAGUACAGACGUCAUGGGACGGCUGGGGACAGGCUAACAUGUUUCUUAAUGUUGUGGAGGAAAUGCCCCGCUCCGUGACUUAUGCUACUAAAACGGAAACUUCCUGCUCCAUAGGGAUAGCAUGCUUCACAGAUUAGCACCACCCUUACAGCGUCAGCAAUCAUACAUUUGGUCCCCGUUAACCGCAGAACUGUACUCUUCGUAGGAUACGAAAAUGGCUGUUAAGUCCAGAAGAUCGUGGACGACCGUGAUCUUCGGCGUCUUUCUCGGAUUCACAGCGUCCUCUUGGCUCAUUUUACCUCAGGUUCUGGAAAGUAAAAGGAAAAGAUCUGCCAUGUGUUUGUACUACAGUGACUCCGCCGUUGCUAUAGGUGCUGACAUCCACGGAAAGUCCGUGUCAGUCAAAGAUGUGGACAGUCCGCAGGAGAACAGGUUAUUCAGUACGAAGAACAGCAGUGCACAUUUAGGCAGAACCCAAAGCAAACCAAAGCGUUUCAUUUAUGUUGGCGUGAUGACAGCCAAAAAAUACCUGACGUCUCGAGCACGGGCUGCGUAUGAGACAUGGGCGGCUUCUAUACCCGGGAAGGUGGAGUUCUUCUCGAGCGCUGGGUCUGGGACCGUCCACGCGCCUGCUCCCCUCCCUGUGGUUUCGCUGGCAGGUGUUGAUGAUUCCUAUCCACCACAGAAGAAAUCAUUCAUGAUGCUAAAGUACAUCCAUGACCAUUACCUGGAUAAAUUCGAGUGGUUCAUGCGGGCAGAUGAUGAUGUUUAUAUAAGAGGUGGGAAGCUGGAAUUGUUCUUGCGGUCACUCAACAGCAGUCAGCCCCAUUACCUUGGCCAGACAGGGCUGGGCACAGCUGAAGAAUUAGGACGACUGGCUCUAGAACCCGGAGAAAACUUUUGCAUGGGAGGUCCUGGGAUGAUCUUUAGUAGAGAGGUGUUACGCAGGAUGGUCCCUCACAUCAGUACCUUUCUGGUUGAGGGAACAGACAAAGAGCAAUUCAAAAACCCCUAUGUGCAGAGGAUUGAGGGAACUGUUCAUCCUGCCCGGGAUAGGAUGCAGCAACUGUUCUAUGAAAACUAUGAACACAACAAAAAAGGCUUCAUUGAAGAACUUCACAGUCGCAAGAUCCACAAUGCCAUUACGCUCCAUCCCAACAAAAGUCCUGCCUACCAGUACCGGCUCCACAACUACAUGCUCAGCUGUGAGAUCUCAAGGCUCCGUUACCGCACGAUCCUACUCCAUCGUGAAGGCCUACAUAUGAGUUAUCUUAGUGAUACAGAAAUACUGUGGGAGGACCAACAGCUGGGGUCUCCACCUUCCUACAUGCGCUAUGUGCCCAGUGAGAGAAAUGAUGUCACUGAGUGGGAUUUCCUGACAGGCCAACAUAUUUAUUCUGCCAUUGAAAACAAGAUGGCUAGGCAAAGCCUUGGAAAAUUGCUUCGGACUGCCCUUGAAGACAAUAUUAUACUAGAGGUCAUGGAAAUGAUUAAUGAAAAUUCAAAGACACGUGGCCAUGUAAUUGACUUUAAAGAGAUUCAGUAUGGCUACUACAGGGUGGAUCCAAUACAUGGUGCAGAAUACGUCUUAGACUUGUUGCUUCUGUACAAAAAACACAAGGGACGUAAAAUAACUCUGCCUGUGAGGCGGCAUGCUUACCUUCAACAGUCCUUCAGCCGACCUUUCUUUAGUGAAGCUGAAGAUCUAAAUGUUUCAGAACUUAUGGCUGCCAUCAACUCUGAAUCCCAAUCCCUGUCAUUCCUAUCCAACUCUCUGAAGUUCUUGUCACCUUUCCAGUUCUAUGAGUCAACAAGAGAAAUGUGGGAGCAAAGCCAGAAAAAGAUCAGCAUUCUUGUCCCACUGUCUGGUCGCUAUGGCACUUUUAUUCGGUUUAUGGAGAACUUUGAGAAAGUGUGUUUGAUACCUAAACAAAAUGUUCAGCUCUGCAUCAUUUUGGUGGACAAUGUAAACAAUAAGAAUAUAAAAAAGCAUAUUCAUUUAAUAAUGGACUAUAAGAGAAAGUAUCCUAAAGCUGAUAUGUCUGUAAUCCCCAUGACAGGAAAUUUUUCACGAGGGCUGGCUCUAGAGCUGGGUUCGUCACAGCUUGAUAAUGACACUUUACUGUUCCUCUGUGAUGUAGAUCUAAUCUUUAGUGGUGAUGCUCUGCAGCGCUGCAGAGAUAAUGCUAUUCAAGGGAGACAGGUCUAUUUUCCUGUUAUCUUUAGCCAAUACAGCCCUAAGAUUGUGUACGGUGAAAAAGCCCCAAGUGAAAACAACUUUGUGCUCACCAAGAAAAGUGGCUUUUGGCGUGAUUAUGGCUUUGGAACCACCUGUGUUUUUAAGAGCGAUUUACUAAAAGCUGGAGGUUUUGAUACAUCCAUCCUAGGCUGGGGGUUGGAAGAUGUAGACUUCUACACCAAGGUUAUUAAUUCUGGUUUAAAGGUUUUACGCAGUCAAGAACCAGGAAUUGUCCACGUUUAUCAUCCUAUCAAUUGCAAUUCAAGCCUUGAACAGAAGCAAUAUAAAAUGUGUCUUGGGUCAAGAGCAAGUGCAUUUGCAUCAGCUGUGCAGUUAGCAGAGAUGUGGCUUGAGAAACACAUAGAGGUAGGCUAUAACAGAACUUCAUCCUGAUACUUCAACUUUCCAGGACUCCUCUACUUUCUGUUCUGCUUAAACGCAGAUAGCUAUGCACUGUGGGGCCCAAGGCAGUCAUGUCUCUAAAACUGAGUGUACUCUAACCAAUGAAAUGGUACUAGACACAGCUUAACCAGCAGGAGAUAGACCAAUGUUGAAGACACCAAAAGGAGAUAGAAAAGAUCUGCACCCAAUUUAGUGCAGAAGCAAGGCCAACUAUCUGCUUCUUUACUUUAUUCCAAACCAGCUGGAAAAUUGGAAAAAAUGAAAAAAAUAAAUAUUUGUUAUAUGUAAUAGCUAAAUGUAGCUGAUUGUUAUUUGUACAGUUAUGCAUCACUCUCUACUAGUCUCCUUUUUAUACCCGGAUAUAAAUUAACUACUUGCUAAUCUGGGUAAGUUGAGGAAUUAAUUAAAUGACCCAAAGAACAAGUUGCAUUAUUCAAAAUACUUGGCAAUUAAAAAGUACUAUCAGAAAAUGAAAUCAACAGAAAUUAUUGAUAUGGUAAGUGAGAUUUAUAAAUGCUGGAAGUUAUUCAUAGAGUGAUAUUUUACUUUGCUACAAGUUUGAGUCUGUAGCAUAAUUGUCGCCUACAACAAUUAUGCUGCCUACAACUCAGUGAGUCAGUGAAUUAGAUAAUUUGUUGUUUCUCUCCAUAAGUUCUCAUUGAGCAGCAUGGUGUGCUGCGCUAAACAAUCUGUAUGUAUGUUUAGGUGAGGGAUUUGGUACUGCUGUAUUGAUCUACGGUAAACUAAUCUACCUUAAUCUCCCACUGCAGUUUAGAAAUAGGCUCGUGCAGAAGCUGAAGCUGAGCCCGUGUAGUUACCGUCUGUCCACAUUUCUUGUAUGCUUCUGUUCUAGAAAUAAGUCCUGCUCAGCUGUCUUAUUUCCAGUCUCAAGUCUAAAUAUAAUGUUGCUUUCAUUAAUUUUAGAGUAUCAUAAUUCAGCAGCUUCACUGCCAUCAUUUUACUCAAUCAAAACCUAGGAAGAUGCACUAAGACAGAACCUCAUUCUCAGUUACCCAGGAUGCAUACAAUAAAUGUAGGCACAGCUUAAAUCAAAUACCAAUGAAAAAUGACAUUAUAGCUUUAUAAAUUAAAAAAAUUAUUGUAAACACCAAAAGGACCCGAGACACUCAGCGUUGCACGUUGUGUGCGUUUAUGUACAACUGUGCCUUUCACUUUGCUGCCCCAGCAGCUUCCCAGUUGUUGCCACCUCCAACUCCAGCCUCCCUGGCACUACCCCCUGAACCGCCAUCACACUUAUAUUUUUACAUUAUAAAUAAAUAAAUAAUCAUUUCUGUGAUUAAACCAAAGGUAAAAUGACACGCUGCAUCUAAAGGCUUGAAAGUGGAAUGCACUACCUACCAAUAAAUAAAAUACUCAGUUAAAGGCAGGAUAACCACUUUCACAAUACUUUCUUAUUCAUGCACAAAAGAUUUUUUUUUCUGCAAAACAAAUCAAAAACAUCUUACAAUUUCAGACACAGCAUUUAUAAGCUUAGAUAAUUAUGUGUUAUAAUGCACUUUAAGUUUGCCAUGCAGCCAGAUGGUGAGGUAUUGUUUUAUUAAUAUGAAGAAUUAAAGUACUAUACUAACCAGUUUUUGCAUUUUAAAACAGACAUUUUAACUUUUGUACAGUUUAAGAUCAAUUUCAGCAUAAAGUUUACAGCUCUCUGUAACUCUAGAGCUGAUAUAAGCAGUAGUAUUUAUUAUAAAAAUGAGAUUUGAUUGUAAAAUAUAAGCAAAUGUCUAAAUCUUGUUUUAGACUGAAGUCCUGUUUCUGAAUUAAAUAUAGGCUUUCUCCCCUGACUGAUUAAGCAAUGAUUGGGUGACCUUUAAAGUCAUUUAGACAUUUGAGGUAAAUCUAGUACAGGGUUGGUUGAAAAUUCAAUUUUAAAUUAUUUCACGUUGAUUUAAUGAUGUUCAUAUGGAAAUGCAAAGUUUGAAUGCUGUUAAUUUACUGGCUCUGAAAUUUUUUUUAUUGUUUUAUUGACCAUUUUUAUUGUAAUUAUCCUUAGUGUAAAUGAUUGAUUUUAAUUCUUAAUAGAAGAUGUGUGAUUAUCCUUUAUUGAUUCUAUUUUUAUUUUUGUUGUUGUUAAAUGUGACUACAGAAGUCAUUAGGACAGACUCUAGAAAAGCUGAAAUUACACACAAAUGAAAAACAAAUCAACUUUUCAGUUUUCAAGACAGUGAUCUGGAACCAACUGAAAUUUGAGUGUCAUUCUAUUUCCUUCCUUUGCCCACUACAACAGUUAGUUUAACUUGCUAGUUUUUGCACCGUCUCAAAACAGUGCCCCAAAAGGCUCUGCCUGCACUGGUGGCAAAACAAAGCUCUCCACCAGAUGUCACAGCUCCACACACAGUUGGUUUUUGAAGCUUGAAGUUGGUGAGUUCUUGGCCAAGCCUUUUGAUUGGUUGACUGAUUGAUUAUGCAGCACUUUCUGGUAUAAAUAUUUUGAGCCACCCCUGUUCCUGUCAGUUCAGGCAGACCUCUAGCACCUGUAAUAAAGCUAUUUUUCGCUGGCGUCUUUCACGCAUGGGAUGUUCUUCUGAUGGUGCAUUCUGAUAAUGCUGCAGUUUCUCUUUGUAUGUUUUCUUUGUAUUUUGCCACAGAAAAUUGUUGGGCUAAAUAAAGGACACUUUGUUAGCCAUGA